CCCUGCUGUCCCGCAGGCCGCAACGGAUAGUCUCGCCUUUUUCCCAUAGCAAGCAAUUUGGCCCUCGCCUUUCCUUCCCCAGCAAGAAGCCAAGACGAAAAACUCCCUCCUCCCCUCCUGCCAAGCCAUGGCGUCCGCCUUCGAGACGUGGGCGAGCCUCAACCAAGACGUCCUCGGACGCAUCUUCCGCUCCCUCCCGACCCUCACCGACCGCGUCUACGCCUCCGCCGUCUGUAAGCACUGGCGAUUCGUCGCGGUGCAGACGGAGAACCAGCCCGCCGAGCUCCCCUGGCUCCUCAUGCCGUCCACGGGGAGAACCUUCCACUUCCGGGUCUUCGGAGGCUCCACCCACCAGGAGAACUCCGAACACGUCCCGGUCGGUGCGCGCUUCUGCGGCUCCUUCCCGGGCGGCUGGUUCGUCGUCCAGCUCCAUGCGCCGCGCGGGCGAUAUGCACUGCUCAACGUCCCCUCCGGCAAUCAAAUUGCCCUACCUGACAACAUGGAAGCACCCGUGAGGAGCAAUUCGGGAAUCCAGCACAGCAAUCUGUACCCCGUGCUGGCCAUCCACGCCGCCGUCCUGUCCGCCGCGCCGACCCCCGACGGCGCCUACAUCGUCGCCGCCCUCACGUCUGGCAAGACCAACGUCGCGUUCUGGCGCCCGGGGAUGGCACACUGGUCGCCGCCGCUUCAUACAGAGGUAGGCCGUCGUGCUUCAUGGGCCGACGAGAUGAUCCCCACGGCCACGGAGGACGGGUUCAUGGAGGACGUGGUGCACUACAGGCGCGGCGACUUCGAGUGCUUCUACGUCCUCACGAGCACCGAGUUUGUCUAUAACUACGAGCCGGUGAUCACCGAGGACGGCGCGCUGACGAUGCGACGCACUUGCACUGCCCCCACUGCCCGCAUGUUCCGUGGUGUCGGAGGGGCCGGGGCAGGGUCCAUCGCCCGCUACCUCGUGGUGUCCGGCAAGGAUCUGCUCAUCGUCAGGAGGUUCGCCUCCUUGCCGGUCGCCCCGAACGUGAUAAGACUCCAUGUCGUCAGGUUGCAGGAUCGUCAGGGUGCACGUUACACGCUCAACUGCUGGGACAUGCCACCAGGGCAGUUGCUCUUCCUCGGGCGCGGAUGCUCCAGGGCCUACACGACGGGGGUCUACACGAAGCCCGGCGGGUAUAUCUACUUCCUGAACGCCGAGAAAUUCCCAGGCUCGACGACCAUCGGCUACCACUGCAGCGACACCGGCCGGUGCGACUACCGACGCUUAGAGCUGGAAAUCCAGCGGGUCUUGCCGCGAGGGCCCGCGUCCAACUGCUCGCCAUGGAUUUGGUUCUUCCAUUGAGCCAUGGGCCUUGGCACGACGAGGCAGAUCGCCUGAUACAAGCGAAGGUACUACUUGUGCAAUCUUGUCUGUCUGCUGGAAUGAAUCACGGACCAAUUUUGGGA